CCCGGCGAGGCUGAGAGAGAAAAUGGUCAGUGUUGACACCUCAGGCGCCGGGAGCUGGGGCCAUUGAUUGUCCCAACUUGAGAUUGCCUUUUUAUGCAUUUAAAAGAAUGCAGACAAAAUGGGGAUAGGAGGCAGAAGAGCCAUUUCUCCUCCAUUGGACAUGCCAGUCUUCCAAAGACACGCUCCAGUGUAGCAGCCAUUAUGAAACACACUUUGGGAUCACAUUAAAAUGAUGUUAUUCAACAAGUUGAAUGUACUCUACCGACUGUUCAUAAUGGCCCGUGACUGGUGUUUGGGUUGGAAAGAAUUGUGACUGUUAUACUUUGUCAUUUGUUAAGAUGUACAUUAUAAACAGUUAUGUUUUCUUUGUGAUUAAGGACCAUUGUUACAUAAAUAACUAGCUCAAAGUGCAGUUGUCAAGUUAAUGCUCAAAAUGUUGUGCAGUUAUUUUGAAAUUGUUGUGUGAUGUACUUACCAUUAAAAAUUUGUUACUUAUUACUGUAUUGACUAAUCUUUAAGUUCAAAAGUGAACACUCAGCAGGUCUGAAUACAGUGAAUAAUCAAAAAGUUUUAAUAAAUGGUGAACAAUCAGUAGGUGUGAAUAAAUAGUGAACACUGUAGGUGUGAAUAAAUAGUGAACAAUCAGCAGGUCUGAAUAGUGAACAAUCAACAAGUCUGAAUAGUGAACAAUCAACAAGUCUGAAUAGUGAACAAUCAGCAGGUGUGGAUAAAUAGUGAACAAUCUGUGAAUCAAUAGUGAACAAUCAGAAGGUGUGAAUAUAUAGUGAACAAUCAGCAGGUGUAAAUAAAUAGUGAACAAUCAGCAGGCGUGAAUCAAAAUUGAACAAUCAGCAGGUCUGAAUAUAUGAGAUUACUCUUAUUUACAUAGUGAUAAAGGAAGUGGCAUUUACAAAUUUGAAUUCAUAAGUGUUUAGCCAUCUACUAUAAGAUAUUAGCAAGAUGGUUGAAUUGACCAAUGUCUGCUUUCUUGUGGUAACUGGAAUUGCUUUGGUAACUCGAGUUAUUAUUCCAACUGUAAAAGGACCUAUGUCCCGGCUGCAGCCUGAACUAGCAGCCUGGUUGCAAGAACAAGCCCUUGAAAAACAUGCAGGGCUCUUUGUUGAUUCAGGAAUAUGGAGACUUGUGGAUGUUGUUGAGAUGGGUCCUUUGCGUGGCCUCCCUUUAGUGGAGCAAGAACGGACAACUGCAGCCGUGUUUGACUUGAAGCAGCGUCUUAUCCUGAAUCACUUCCUAAAGAAACAUGGAACUGAGAAUGGCUUACCAAGGCUGGAGACUUUAGGCAUACGCACUCUCAAGGAGGCUGUGUACAUGGUGGACGCUUUUCCUCUCGAGUUUAAUGACGAUAAAGAUGACCAACUUAAUACCCUCCUUCACAGCCUUCCCAGAGAUAAAAAAGAAUUGGAGUUGUUAUCAGAAGAAAUUUGGAUAGAGAUUGCCAAGAUGUACAACCUACCAAGUGUUCGAGGAUGGAAUCUCUAUUCUGUGUUAUGUGGUGUGGGGGGUGUGGUGAGCUGCUGGGCGCUGUGGUGGGUGAUGACGCGGCGGUCGGCGCCCAAGCCUGGCCUUCUGCACCUCUUUACCGGCAAGUACCUCCACCCGCAGCGCUGCACCACCACCUUCCACUGGGACGACCCCUCUCUUGUCGGCAUCACCGUCGCCUUCACCGUCCAGUUUUACCAGAGGAAUGGUCGACCAUAUCCCAUCAGUGAUGCAGAUGGUGUAUUGGUGGAGAUAACACAAGGAAUUCACAAGGUUGGUGUAGUAACAGAACUUGGCGGAACAGGAGAAGCAGAGAUUAAUACAGCAAGAUGCAAGUUUAGUGCACGACAAGCUGGACAGUACAAGAUUUCUAUCCUUCUGGCCAAUCAGCAUAUCCGUGGUAGUCCUUUUGUUAAGAACUUUCUGCCUGGUCCCCCGGACCCUAGCAAGACUGUGAUGGUGCAACAUAGUUCAACGGUCGUGUGUACUGCCAGUCAGCCUCACCACAUUCUUAUAGAGCCUCGGGAUCAAUACCACAAUGUCUGCUCCUUCUCUCCUGGUCAAGCUGACACAGAUAAUUAUUCCAUUUCCAUUGUGGAGCUAGAAGGAGGCUGGACAGUGGACGCAGGUAGUAUUAUUGUCUAUGACCACACAUCACGGCGCAUCAGUAUCCAGGUGACUCUUCAGCGGCCAGGCUGCUACAGGGCUCAUCUUACAUACUGCGACACAACACUCACCAAUGGCAAUUUUGACAUAAUUGUACUGACAAGUGAAGAUGCUUUACGAGUGCAAAAGACAGUGAUGAGAAGAGCCCAUGAAGGGUAUGAAGCUCGAUUACUGACCCAAAAUGGAAGUCUUCUUAGUAAACCCAAGAAAGUUUAUUGUUAUGUCACACCAAAACAGCUUAUUAUCAAAGAAUUUCUACUACGACUUAUACCAAAACGAGUUUGUACGUUUCGUUUGUGCCCUUCUACAAAAUUUCAUUUUACUGGCACCAAUAAUCAGAGUGGGCUUCCAACAAUGAGUAUUGAUGAUGGCUGUCAACCUCUUGUGUCCCUUGCUGGUAAAGACAGAAAUGUAAUAGCUGCAACUUUCACUCAGUUUAUGCUAAAAAAUAUCGGUGGCUCUGAAACCUUUAAAGACAAACAGGAUCAUUUUUACCAUGAAGUGCGAAAGUUCCAUAGCAAACGCAUGCAUGAAAGAAUUCAGAUAACUGUAUCAAGGGAACGUUUGUUAGAAACUUCAAUGAAAGCUACCAAAAACUUCACAGUAGCAGACUGGUGUAAAAACUUUGAAAUCACUUUCCAAGGGGAAGAAGGAUUAGACUGGGGAGGAGUGAGACGUGAAUGGUUUGAAAUAAUAUGUGCCAUGUUAUUUGAUAAUGGCAAUGAACUUUUUGCCAGUUUACAUGAAGGGAGACAAGCCUUAGUACAUCCUGAUCCAUACAGGCCUCCACAUAUGAAGCUAAAACAUUACGAGUUUGCUGGAAGGGUUGUGGGAAAGUGUUUAUAUGAAUCUGCCCUUGGAAGUGGUUAUAGACAAACAGUAAGGGCAAGGUUUUCAAGAUCAUUUUUAGCACAGCUAAUUGGUCUUCGGGUUCACUAUAAGCACUUUGCUCAAGAUGACCCAGAGUUGUACAGUGGCAAGAUCAGACAUCUUUUGGAUUAUGGGGUUGAUAAACUAGACGACGACCUCUUCUUCGUAGAUGAAAUUCUCCUACCGUCUGGACAAAUCAAAGUAAUUGAAUUAGAGCCUGGAGGAGCAGGUCGAUUAGUGACCAAUAGUAAUAAGCUGCAGUAUCUGGAUGCACUUGCCCAGUAUAGACUCUCUGUGCGGGUCCGGCAUGAAGUAGAUGCUUUCUUAGCUGGCCUCAAUGAGAUCAUCCCAGAUAACCUUCUCUGCAUCUUCGAUGAAAAUGAGUUAGAGCUUCUUAUGUGCGGAAUAGAAGAAUACAGCAUUGCCGACUUCAAAGCAAAUCACGUUGUUAAUGGCUCAUCCCCAGAGUUUCGAAGAGUCUUGUAUUGGUUCUGGACAGCCGUUUCUAACUUCACUGAAGAGGAGAUGGCUCGACUCCUUCAGUUUGCCACUGGCUGUUCCCGACUUCCCCCAGGUGGUUUUGCCCAGCUCUCACCACAUUUCCAAAUCUCUGCAGCUCAUACAUUUGGUGUCUUGCCAACAGCUCACACGUGCUUUAACCAGCUGUGUCUACCAGACUACGACAGCUAUGAGCAGUUUGAGAAGGCCCUACUUCUUGCCAUUAAAGAAGGUUCUGAAGGAUUUGGAAUGGUAUAACUCAUACCUCUCAAAUUAAGAAUACUUUUUUUUUUCUGAAUACCAAUAUUGACAUAAUAUAUUGCAUAUCUCUAAAGAAUUUGUUUACACAAAAGUUGAGUUUUCAUUAAUGAUAUUGUAUGUUAUUUUAUAGUACCUCAACUAUUGAACAAUAUUUCAUUCAGAAAUAAAAGCCAGUUAAUAAAGUUAUACUCUAUAGGCCAAGAAUGUGCCCUGUUAUUAGAUAAUAUACGGUGCUCUAUUUUUGGAUAAUUAAAGUGAUUUUUUUUUAUUAUUAUUAUUUUCUACCACAGACAUGGCCACACAUUUACAAUGCUAACCAGCAUAUAUACAUUUUCUUCUGUCCUCCAUGGACAGGGUUAGAGAUGUGUUAAACAUAUAGUUCAGGGGUUUAUUGAACAAUCAACCACAGAAGGUGAUUUAGUGCUUUUAAAAUGCUUAGCUAAAUUAAAGUGAUAAGAGAUGAGGUUUACUGAUAGGAAUUAUUGCUUAGAAUCUCAAGUUUAAAAUAUUGUCCGUUUUAUAAAUAAUGUCUUGAGGAGUAAGAUAUUAUGGGUUGUGUGGAUACUUACAGUAUAGUUAACAUCGUGACCGAAGUUAUAGCAUUACUGUACUUAAAUUUUUUUUUAAUGUUAAGUACGAUCUUUACUUAGGGGUGAUUGGUUCAGUUAUCUGUGAUGUUAUCUUACGUAUGCAAUGUUUAAGAUUAAUUUAGGACAAUUGACUGAACUUGAUGAGUACCCCAAGAAGUUGCCAUCAUUAUUAAAACAUUUAAGUUAAGAAUUUUUGUUUAAGAUUAUGCUAUACUGUACUAUUAAGAUGUACUUUUACAGAGAUUUGUGCUCAUUCUUCUUAUAAGACAUUGAAGAUGUGACUUGAUGACAAACGUGCUGUUAUGUACCAAAUACAUAGAAGAUGGCACAAUGAAAUCAUAGGAAUGUGAUACAAGUAUAUCUAUAAGAAAAUAUUAAAGGCUGUAGAUGGGGCCCACAUUCCCGAACUCCUCGGGCACCUGCAGUACCGACUGGACCAUGAUGGUAUACAUUUAAGACCAUCAUGGUCCAAUUGGUAGUGCUUGUGCUUGGGGAGUCCUGGGAUUGGGGGGUUACAUCCCAUUAUAUAGCUUUAAUAUUUAUUCACAUAGAUUCAUUUAUGAUGCAAGAUAUAAUACACACACACACUUUAAUACAGACAGCCCCGUACUUUAUGAAUGUCUUUUUUCCGAAAAUGACUGGUUUUCCAACUUGAGUUUGUACAGAUGAAAAGUUCAAAUAACUGGUGGGGCAGUUAUUUCUGGAUAAAAAUGUGCAAUAAAGAUGGAAUUAGUUUGUCUAGUCACUGUACACAAUGCCACUUAAGCAGUGUUCAUACAAUAAUGGAUGGCUCAGAAUCCUUAAACUCUGCCAUGGCAUUAGGUACAUUAGAGUGCUUGAUGAAAGGCAGUCUGCUGAGGUUACCACAUCACCAUUAAUCUCCAGUUCAGGCAUCCCAACACUAUCAGCAUCCACCACCACCUUUUCUAUAUAUGGUAAAUAACAAUGCUCCAUCAACUAUAAUCUUCAAGUUAACAAGCGGAUUAAAACUUCUCAUAUUGGUGAGUACAAACAAAACACUUGUCCAAUUUCUGUAACAAAAUUAUCAAUUUCUUUUCCCUAGCUUUUCAGGAUGACGAACCAUUUAUCCGAACACAACAGUUUAUCCAUUCAGUCUUUGUCCCGAGGGGUUUGGAAAGCACGUGGUUGUCUGUAAUAGUACAAAGUAAACAAAAAAGUCAAGUUGUAUAAUGCAAAACAUGAAGUGAAAAUAAACAAAUAAUGAAGGUUGAAUAUAUACAGUUUAAGAAGAAAGAUCAAUACAAACCACUGGUAACAUGUAACAAAAAUGACAUAAACCUAACACCAAUUAGCUUUAUACACAGAGAAAUCACAAUAACGUGAUAUGUCGAUGAACAAAUCCACAAGGGCCGUGAUGAGGAUUUGAACCUAUGAGCUGGAUGUUCCUAGACGCGCUCUAGUCUGGGAACAUCCGACGCAUAGGUUCGAAUCCGCAUCAGGGCCCUUGUGAAUUUGUUAAUAAGUUAUGUGUUGAUAAAGGUGAAUGGUUGGUGGUAUAUGCAUAGUAAGUUUGUUGCCAGGACGGCUGGACCCACUGUCUUCACAGAUGCUUUUGUAACUCAUUUUUCUUUUCUAUUUCUUGAGCCAAAUCAUUAUUUCCAAUCAUACAUAUCAGCACAUAAUAUCCUAUUGUGAAUUUGUAAUGGGGAAAGAAGGUUAAGAAUAUAUGGUCUACAAAGCCUACGUUAUUUUUAAAUUAGUGAAGCAUAGAACAAUGACAUUUUUAGACAUGGAUUCAAUAUUUUUUAUUUCCUCUUAAAGCAUUAGUACUGAAUUAUGGAAUACAAAAUAAAGUUCAAUAUACUCAGGCAUAUACUAGAUAUCAAUUUACUGCUAAGUGACAGAGGCAUUAGGUGAUUGGAAAUGUGCUCAACCUUUUUUUGUCCUGCCCAGGAUUAUCGUUUAUAUAAAAAGAAAGUUUCUAACUGGUUUAUUUGGAUUAUUAUUAUUAUAUUAUAUUAGGAACAUAAAUAAUUACCUUAGUUAUGUUAGGUUAGGUUAGGUUAAGAUAGGUUAGAUUAGGUAGGGUUGGUUAGGUUCG